AUUUUUUUUUUAUAUAUUUUUUUUCAUCUACCAUUCUUGCAAGUUGCAACACUCAGUUGUUAGUUUUUUUAGACAGAAAACAAUUGAACAUUGCAUCACAUAGAAACACAUAAGUUAAGUACAUAGAGAAUCUACUGGAACUUCUGGUUCGUUUUUCCGCUCCAAAUUUUCCGUUAAUUAAUACCAUUAUAUUUCAUAAGCAUUUUUCUAUUUUUUCAUUUUUUUUUUUCUGUUUUUCCUUCGAGGAAAACCAGGGCAAGGUGGUGUUUCUCUCUUGGAGGAGGUUUUUACUUUAAUGCCAGAAUCUGAAACAACAACAACAAACGACGUUUGUUGUAAUAAUAAUACGUGUGUCUGUUUCUGAUUUUGUGGUGUUACCGUAAACCCCCAUCCCCUACCAAUCCGACGUUUAUCCAUUGCCCAUACCUGAAUCAAAACCCAACCUUUGCCAAAACGCAACACCGAAAAUAUUAUUUUUAUAAACAAAAAAAAUAAAAAAUUAAAGUGGCUUUAAGCUUUGGAUAUCGAUCAUCGACCACCCAAAUUGAACCCCUUUAAUCCAUUUUCAUCACAAGGUCAAGAACAACAAUCUAGUACUUUUCUAGGUUGCAUCGAGGCCCUUGUGUUUUGCAUUGAUCAGUGACAAUUGGCAUUAAAAAAAUCGAUUUUGAUUGGUUGGUGUUGGUGAUUGGUGAAUUUGGUUUUCCCUCGAUCUAUUGAUCUGGGGUUGUGGUUUUUGGGUUUUGAUUAUGAGAAUGAAUAAAGGGUCACUUGAUUACUGGAGGAAUUACUUUGGAGCUGCGAACUCUGAUAUAUUUGGCAUCAUUGACCAUGCGAUCAUGGUGGCUGCUUCUGAUUGCCCCAAGGAGUUCAGGUUGAGGAGGGAUGGGAUUGCAGAGAGGUUGUUUUCUUGCAGAUUGAGUCGAUGUUUGGGAUGUGAGAGGGUGGAAUUGGCUGUGCCAGUGGAUGAUGAUGAUGAUGGUGGUGGUGAAGGUUGCAAGAGUGGCUUUGAUGGGGAUGGUGACGAGUUCAAGUUUGAAGCGGGUGCAAGUAAAGAGAGCAAGGUCAAUAGUGCCAGAGAUUAUCCUGGAGAGAUGAACACGAACCAAGUUAGCAAUUACAGCUAUGGGGAAGCUGAGGCAUUGACUGAUGAGAUUGAAAAAGAGUCUCAAUACGUUGAGGAGGUGUUCAGAAUCAAGGAUAUUUUCCUUAACUACGAAGAAGAGUCUGAUUCAGUGUUGUUUGAUUCAUUGAGGAGGCUUCAGCUGAUGGAACUCACAGUGGAUCUUCUGAAGGCAACUGAAAUUGGAAAGGCUGUCAAUCCUCUUCGAAAGCAUGGAUCAAGAGACAUUUGUCAACUUGCACGGACUCUUAUUGAUGGCUGGAAACAAAUGGUGGAUGAGUGGGUCAAGGAUACCACAGCUAUUGCAGGUUCAGAAGGUACUCCAGAUUCAGUAAAUCCAUCUGUUGUUGAUGAUGAAGAAGGGCUUCCAUCACCUCCUAUGGAUGAAGGGGCUUUAUUUGCAGCUCCAACUGGUUCGAUGGAACUCUCACAGUUCUUUGAUGGCAUGGAUGAUGAUGGAAAUCCUCAACACAGUGGGGAAUUCAUCAAGAACCAUGAACAUGGAAGAAGACCAUCUCUGAACAGUCAAAAUACAGCAAAGAGGAAACCUCAGGCAUCAAAUGAGGCAAACAUCAUUGCCAAGGACAGUAAGGGUCAGCAAGCAAAGAAAAACGAGGCUGCUGUGAGACCAAAUAAAUCAGUAAUCGCUGAUUCUGGCCCUAGCAGACCACCUAAAUCAACCAUGCAGAAGAAAGGCAACAUUGAACCAAAGAUGCAACAAAAUAUCGUGAAGAGUGCUAUCCCAAGAAAUCCUCACAUUCAUCAGCUAGAUAAACCCAAGUGUUCAGACGAUGCUGCUGUGCACGUAAAGUUAGAAGCCACUAAGAGAAAACUUCAGGAGCGUUAUCAACAAGCUGAAAAGGCUAAGAGGCAGCGGACGGUACAGGUUAUGGAGUUGCAUGACCUCCCAAAGCAAGGGAUUGGCCAUCGAAAUCCACAUGUGAAACCCGGAAAUCACAAGAGGCAAUGGGGUCAUGGACGAAGAUAGAACUGUUAAUUGUGAAUUUGGCUGCAUUUUCAAGCUUCCAAAAUCUGGGCAAGAACUCCCUUUGCUAGCCAUUAUUGAAGCUUCUUCCUCUUUCCAUACAAAAGCAACAAUUCAGUUCACCAUUCUUACCUGUAUUGAACUGUUCUGAUUGAGAGGGAAGUAAACUCUGAGUCACAGUUUAUUUCCUAAGUUAAAAAGUUGAAUAUAUAUAGAAAUUUUGUUGAUCCAAAGACUGGAUUUGGAAGAGGGUCCUUUAGCACUUAAGUGUUGAUGUGGUUCUAAACUGGCUGUCUGUUGAAAUGUCCAUUAGUUCCAUUCUCAUGAUUGAUCAUUUAAUUUUGGACAAUUUUCUUUUCACAUAGAACUUCCAUUAAGGUCUCAACAUUUCGUCUCCCUUGUCCCGAACUCAAGAGGUCUCGGGUAUAUGUAAGGGAGUUGAAGUAAACCGGAUAAGCCUAUUUGAGAAUAAGCAAUAGCAUUUAAUUAUCAUUUCUUUUUAA